GUAUGAAUGUAUGUAUGUAUGUAUGUAUGUAUGUAUGUAUGUAGUAUGUAUGUAUGUAUGUAUGUAUGAAUGUAUGUGUAAGAGCCAUUUAGGCACAUUAUUUUAUGGUAAUGAAUUAUGGUUUUGUGAGCCAAUUGAAAUUCUUUAAUUUAACUUAAAUGAGCUGAAUAAUUAUGAAUUGCUAUUAUACUGUUUUUGUAACGUGUCAUCUUGCUUAUGGACAGCUCUAGUUUAUGUUUGUUAUUAUUUAUACAAAGCAAUAGGAGGGGCGUGCUCAGGUAUAAAUGACGCUGCCAGCAUGACACAGCAGGAAGUCUAGAGAGGAAGUUGGAAAAAGUUUUUGACCGCACACAUCCGUAUGACCAGGAAUCUUGUUUGUUUAUUUGUUUUAAAUACCGUGCAAACGUUGCACGUCGGCAGUGGGCCGCCAGCUGAUGGAACCUUUCAAUAAAGCACCUGAAUGGAACAAGCAAGGUAUCUGGUUUCUUGAGUCAAUACUCGAGCUCGCCUCCUAGACUAAGUGGCCUUUGAGCAUUCAUUUUCUUUGGACAAUUGGCCAUUACAUUAAGUCAAAAACUUCCGACAACGUCGUGAGGAUUACUAGCGUGUAGGAAACUACUAUCACUGGAAUUGUCGGAUGUGGAUCUGAUCGUGCUACUGGAGCUGCGGCAGAAACAAAGUGGAUCUGAUCGUGGCUACUGGGGCAAAGGACCAUUUGGAUUAUCCUCUACCGUGUGGACAUGGACUGCAGGCUGUCACGCUACUCUGCAUGCCUUUCAUUGGAGUUCGAGCCACUUGGUAAAACAGCUGUUGUCUUUUGUUCAGCCAAACCGGCUGAAUAAUGUCGGAGGACAGCGCCACUGAGGGUGCAUUUACGGUCGACGCCCACAAGAGGGCAGCAAAACCAACAGAAAAGGCCAUGGAGCAGCGGCUACAGCUCUGCAUCAAUGCAAGGAGAGAAACGCCCUGGAGGAUGUGAAUUACAUGGAGGAGCUGGAUAACCCUACAAAUAUGAGAGUUAUCGUCUCGAAGUUACCCUAUAAAUUCAUAGAAAGAUGGAAGGUGCUGGCAUUCAAGAUCCAAGAAAGGAGCCAGAGAAGAGUGAGAUUCAAAGACUUGGUCGACUUUGUGGAUAAACAAGCCAAAAUCCUGGCCGACCCUCUCUUUGGUGACCUGCAGGGAUCUGCUGCCGAAGCGAAAAGCAGGAACGUUUUACAAAUGGAGAAAAAUACCAGGAGUGAAAGGAUUAAAGGAAGCAUCUUUGCAACCAGUGUGGCCACAUCAACAGAGGAAGAUCAUUGCAAACCUCUGACAGUGAAUAGCAGGACGUCAAGUAAUGUUGCCUUCAUGAAGCCAUGUUUGUUCUGCAAAAGGGACCACGCACUAUUGGAGUGCCAUCAGAUUGCAGAAAAAGCUCAUAAAGACAAGGUGGAUUUUAUAUGGAAAUCUGGACUAUGUUUUGGAUGCCUAGUUCAAGGGCACGUGAGUAAAGACUGCAAAAAGAGAAUGACAUGCCAAACAUGUUCAGAAAGACACCCAAGCUUGCUGCACAUUCAUAGAAUGGACAAUGUUUCCAAUCAUGCACGUGCAGAAAGCCAAGAGGUGGCCAGGUCAGACAGCACAGUAGUUUCAAGUGCACUGGUGAGCUUAAACCAGGAGACUACUACCUGUGAAGGGGCCGGAGAUAGAUGUGUUCUUGCGAUUCUUCCGGUCUACAUCAAAGCAAAGACAGGAAGCAAGCUUGUGAAAACCUACGCCUUCGUGGACCCUGGGAGCUCUGCAACAUUUUGCACAGACUCUUUAGCAAGGCAGCUAAACCUGCAGGGAAAAGGAGCGCAGCUUGUCCUAACAACAAUGAGCUCAACCAAACAAGUGAAAAGUUCUCUGCUGAGAGAUUUGGAGGUCUGUGGAAUCAAAGAAGAAAAGUUUAUCAGCUUAAAAAAGGUUUUCACGCAAAAGAGCAUUCCAGUAACAAAGGAUCAUAUUCCUCUUCAGAAAGACAUUGAAAAAUGGCCACACCUCCUGGAAGUAGAGCUGCCGUGCAUCUGAGAUAGGACUCCUAAUUGGAAAUGACGUGUAUGAAGCUUUCGAGCCAUGGAAAGUCAUUCACAGUCAGAACAACGGCCCAUAUGCCGUAAAGACGGUCCUUGGCUGGACUAUUAAUGGCCCACUUAAAGAACAAGAAGACAGUGUGCCAGAGGACGGUGAGCAGCACCAAGUCACAAUCAACCGGAUUGCAGUAGAGACUGUGGAAAGGCUACUCAUACAGCAAUACAAUGCAGACUUUCCUGAGCAUUGCUACAGCGACAAACUGGAAAUGUCACGAGACAAACAAUUCAUCAGCUCUGUGUCCAGCUCAAUCCAUCAUGCUGAAGGACUUUAUUACAUCAAUCUACCUACAAAGACAUCAUUGGUCAGCUUGCCAAACAAUAAGUAUGCUGCAGUGCAGAGAGCAAUUAACCUAAAGAAGAGACUCACCAAAAAACCAGAAUUCCACCAGGAAUACACAGACUGUAUUAGUGACCUGCUAAUUAAGGGAUAUGCAGUUAAGGUGCCAGAGACACAACUGAGCUGGCAAGACGACAGAGUGUGGUAUAUCCCACACCAUGGUGUGUACCACCCACAAAAGAAAAAACUCCUGGUGGUCUUUGACUGUGAUGCAAGUUUCUAUGGAACUUCAAUCAAUAACGAAUCGCUUCAGGGUCCUGACCUUACAAGCUCCCUCAUCGGAGUCCUGACACGUUUUAGACAAGAGCAUGUUGCAAUGAUGGCAGACAUAGAAGCCAUGUACCACCAAGUCAGAGUCCCAGAAGAGGAUACGGACCUCCUACGCCUUUUGUGGUGGUCUAAUAGAGACCUCACACAAAAAAUGGUUGAUUACAAAAUGGUUGUACACAUUUUCGGCGCCACCUCGUCUGCCAGCUGUGCUAACUUUGCCUUAAGAAGAGCAGCAGAAGAAAACAGGACUGCGGCAACAACUCGGGCCGUAGAGACAGUUCUGAGGAACUUUUACGUUGAUGACUGUUUAAAGUCGGUCAGUGGUGACUCUGAAGCCAUUGCCCUGGGCAAAGACCUCAUGUCCUUGUGCACCUCAAGAGGCUUUCACCUUACCAAAAGGGACUAAAGUGAAGCAGAAUCUAGCACCAGGGCACAUUGUCAUGAUCCUGGACGACAACGCCCCUCGGAGCUCGUGGCUUCUGGGAAGAGUCGUGCAGACCAUCACAGACUCUAAAGGACUGGUUCGUAGAGUACUGGUUAAAACAAAAUCCAGUACUUUGGAGAGGCCUGUGCAAAGACUUUGCCUCAUUUGUGAAUAGGACACUUGAUUUUGCCUUUACAAAAAAAAAUGUACAUAAAAUACGUAUAUUUAGUUUGUUUAUGGAAAACCCAUGUCAAGGGGUGUAGGUGGAUUCCUCCCCCAAAGGUAAAUGCAAACGCUGUUUGUUGAGUAUAGUUGAGCUAUUAUUAGCCAUAUGUUAGUUUGGAAAUGGCUCUUGUUAUUAUUUAUAAUUAUAAGUCUUCCCGCCUUAUAAUUAGGGGCCGGAAUUGUAAGAGCCAUUUAGGCACAUUAUUUUAUGGUAAUGAAUUAUGGUUUUGUGAGCCAAUUGAAAUUCUUUAAUUUAACUUAAAUGAGCUGAAUAAUUAUGAAUUGCUAUUAUACUGUUUUUGUAACGUGUCAUCUUGCUUAUGGACAGCUCUAGUUUAUGUUUGUUAUUAUUUAUACAAAGCAAUAGGAGGGGCGUGCUCAGGUAUAAAUGACGCUGCCAGCAUGACACAGCAGGAAGUCUAGAGAGGAAGUUGGAAAAAGUUUUUGACCGCACACAUCCGUAUGACCAGGAAUCUUGUUUGUUUAUUUGUUUUAAAUACCGUGCAAACGUUGCACGUCGGCAGUGGGCCGCCAGCUGAUGGAACCUUUCAAUAAAGCACCUGAAUGGAACAAG